UAAAACAACAUGACAUGGUGUGGUUUUAAAGGGUUUAAUAACAUCUUUCUAAUAACUGAUGUUGUUUGUGUUGAAUUCCAGUUGGAUGAUUGGCUAGCCUAAGCUAGAUGUGUAGUUGGAUUCUUCUUGAGUUGACCAUAUUUGACUCCAGCUUGACUUGAUCUUCAAUUUCAUAGAUUGCAAUAUUGAUAGAGGCUCUCUUCUAGGAUGGACACAUUCAUUUCAAAAAUCUGUAAUACUGUCAAGUUGUUAUGAUAGGGUGAGCAUUCAAAAGCAACAAGUUGGAAUUGAUAUUGUGUGCCUUUAGCAUUGAACUUUGUCUAUUUGCAUAGUCGAUUGUGCAUUGAAGCUGUUGUGAAGACUUCCCUAUCUUUUUAAAGCACAAGUAGUUAGUAAGUUUUUGGUAAGUUCGUUAUUGCUUCAUUACUUUGUGGGUUUGCAAGUACAACUAUACUGACUUCAGAUGGCCUUAACUUCAACAACUAGCUUCAAUACUAUUGCAUUUAGAUUGAGCCAUCACCUAAGAUUGAACCAUCGGCUUACUUACCAUUUCAAUCACAUGUUUGCUAAUUUCAGGGAUGCUUCACGUGCAUUUGUUUCAGGAAAUUUUACAGGAGAUGGACUUACCGACUCAUUGCUUGGUUUGUCCAGCACAGAGGUGAAGAGCAUUGUUGAAUGGCGAGAUUUCUAUUUCAAAACAUACUUAUAUGUUGGUAAGCUAGUGGGACGCUACUACGAUAGUGAAGGCAAUCCCACAAAAUACUUGAAAGGGAUUGAAGCAAAGGCGGCUAGAGGUGCACAGCUAAUGGAGAAACAGAAGAAGGAAGAAGCCAAACUACCUAGCUGCAACUCAAAGUGGAGUCAGGAAGAUGGUUCAGAGGUUUGGUGUGAUGACGGCUUUCCAAGGUUAGUGCAGCGGCCGCUAGAAAUAGCUCUGACCGGGAAAAUGAGCAAGCGCUGUGCUUGCUUCAAAGAAGAUGAACUUGACCAACCCGGAUUAGAAGUCUAUGGCGGAUGUGAUUAUUUGGCUAAGGUCUGUCGUGUCUAG